GAGUGAAAAUUGGAGGGACAUUGAUUGUCGCAGGAGUAUGAAUUUUGAAGGGCGCUACCCCGAAACAAUAACAUCUGUUGCCCAAGCAUGCUGGUCUGAUGAUGCUGGUAAACUCCGCUCUCUACUGGCUGAUGGCCACGGAGUGGACGCUCACGACAACCAGGGCUGGUUCCCGGUGCACGUGGCGGCGUGUCGCGGCAACGCCGCCUGUCUGCGGCUGGUGCUGGACGCCAUGUCCGCCGCCGCCGACACGCUCUCCAUCGACGUCGACGUGGCCACUUACGACGGCGUGACGGCGCUGAUGCUGGCCGCCGGCUCGCCGUCGCUGCCGUGCGUGCGCCUGCUGAUGACGGCCGGCGCCGACCCGACACUGCGCUCGCUGUCGGGCUGGUCGGCGCUGCACGCGGCCGUCAGCACGGGCCUGCUGCCGCUGGUGGAGGCGCUGCUCGAGUACGGAGCCGAGCAGCUGGAGACGCUGGGCGCGCCCGGCCGGCUGGUGCCGCCGCUGGAGGCGGGCGAGGCGGCGCUGCCGCUGCUGGGCGCCGCCGUGGAGAGCGGCGCCGGCCUGCCGAUGCUGGAGCGGCUGCUGGAGGCCGGCGCCGCGCUGAGCUGCGCCGACGAGUCUGGCGCCACGCCGCUGCACCUGGCGGCCCAGCUGCAGCGCUCCGACGUCGUCGCUCUGUUCUGCCGGCACGGCCUGACGCCGCAGGUCGUCAACAUGCGGGACGUGGCCGGCCGGACGGCGCUGCAUGCCGUGAUGGGCGACCACCCGGCCGCCGCCAAGACGAGCAUUGUGACGGCGCUACUGGAGCGCGGCGCGGACCUGUCGCCGGCGCCGCUGCGCUCCCUGCUGCUGCACGCGGCGCAGCGCGACGACGCCGUCAUCUUCGAGCUGCUGCUGGCUGCAGUCGGAAUGGAGACGCUGCGCCGCACGCAGCAGGAGUUCCUCUGGAACGCAGUGUUCGCCGCCGGCCUCGGCUUUGUCGAGGCGCUGCUCCGUCACGGCCUGACGCACGACGAGCUGGAGUUCGUAUCGCGGCGCACGGACAAGGAGUCCUGCUCCUGCCCGAGCGUGCUCGGGCCGCUGCUGGUGCACAACUACUCGCGCCGUGAUACGUUGCUGGCGCUGCGACUGCUGGACGACGACGAGUGUGGGCGCGCGGCGCUGGCCGAGCCGGACUCAUUCGUUUCCAGCGCCAUCGACCACGUGCAGGUGACGCCUCCCGGCCUGGUGGACGGGCGGGCUUCACUGCUCUGCGCGCGCCGCGUCUGGGGUCUGCUGUGCCAUCUGCACAGUCAGCUGGAGUGUGACCCGACCGACUGGGGCCGGCUGUUCUCAGUCUGCGGCCGGCUGCGGAGUAUCGUCGGCGCCGUCGUGCAGGCCUUUAUCGUGGCGCGUGCCUUCGCAGAGGUGCCCAUCGAGGACUUUGUGCGUUGGACUUUCGACGACGGCGAGUCGGCGGCCGGCGCGGCGUCGCUCCCGGACGGGGAGGCGGCGCGCCGGCGGGCGCGCGCUCGGCUCGUGCUCGAGCUGGCCAUGCAGGCGUCGGCCACACGGGUGCGCCGGCCGCUGGGCGCCUGGCUUGGUCUGUCGGCCGCGCUGCUGCAGCCGCCGCCGCUGGUGGUAAUCGCGCGUGCCUCAGUGUACCGCCAGGUGCGCGCCGCGGUGCGAAGCCGGUACCGGACGCGGCCGCCGAAACUGAGCGCCGAGCUGGGCCGGCUGGCCGAGCUGCUGCCGGUCGGGCUGCGGCCGCUGCUGCUGCAGCGAGACGCGGACACGCAGCGCCGGCUGGCCGCCCUGCUGGACGUGUUGCACGGCUCGGCCUGGGCCGGCGCGGCCGCCGAGACGCAGCCAGAGCUGGGCGGCCUGGGCGCGGCCGCCGCCGACUACCAGCGGUACUCGGCGCUGGUGACUGCCUGGGAGACCUGCGACGGCGCCGCCCGGCUCUGGUGAGACCACCCCCGGCCACACCGGACCUGCUCGCACACACCACUGUCUUUCCUACGCUGCUCAGCUCUGUUUUGUAUUUAAUGCGCAAUGUUUUAACUCCUAAUUUAAGUGGAAGUGUUAUGUCUGAGUCAGUGUGUGUAGACCGAGGGCUGGAAAAGCCUUGGAAUUCGGAUGUUAGGUUGAAAGGAUGGUGUUGCCCUCUGCCCUCAAGCACCAAUUUCACUUGAAUGUAUAAGUGCCGAAUGUCAUGACACAAGUUGAACAAAUCACUUGCGAACAUUUGGAAAAGCUAUACAAUACUCGCCAUUUGACAA